AUGUCUCGACGACGAUUGGGAGAGAGGACGGAGAGUGAAGGAGAAAGUGAAGGAGAAGCAGAAGAUCAACAAAGGCUAUUGAGAGGGGAUGAAGAUGAGGAAAGACAUGUGGGCACAUCGAGAACCAUUGCAGAGUUACAGCAACGAGAGAGACAGACAUCGGAAAACGAGCCUGGCACAAGUCAGUCAGUGAAAAGGCGCCUGGGAACACUUGUCUCCGGCAUGAAGGGACUCUAUGACGAUAUCUUCAGUAAAGAUUCCUCUUAUAAGAAAUAUAUCCGCAAUAGAGAGUCGACUUUUGCUGUGGAGCCCCUCGUUGAAUCGAUGAAAGUGCCGAGGAAUCGAGAAUCAGCUGGGCUGAAAGAUUCGAUGAAACCACCUCGAUUGAAAGAAUGGCUUCAAAUAGCUUGCUUUGAACUCGAUCAAAAGGUCGGAAGCGCUUACAAGUUUGCUGACUCAAAAGUCGUUGUUGAUGGGUACACUUCAACAAGCCAUCGGGAUAGGCUUUGUCUUGGUGCUGUCGAGAACCACAACCGAAACCCAUUGGUGGUGCCAGUAAGGAGACAAAUUGGAGGUGGAAUCGAACUAGAAAGAAAAGAACGCUCGAUCACAUUGAAGGUACUCUCAGCUUCUCCGAUUUUUGUCCAAGCUCCACUCUAUGCUUUAUCGAAAAACGAGAACGCUUCCACGGUUUUUCGAUUAUCGAGUGGAGACUCAAUCGAAAUCUACAAUGAAGGCAUUUUCACAAUCGAACUCGCAUCGAGGAUUCAUGAAAAGUCAAGGAUCUAUGCAAUGCAGUCAAUGGUUAUUUGCCGGAUUUCCUUUGUGAAGGGAUUCGGAGCGGCAUAUCGUCGACCAUCGAUCAUGCAUGUGCCUUGUUGGAUUGAGAUCUACUUCCAGGAUCCACUCCAAGCAAUUGAUUGGGAGCUUCGCAAGACAGACAAUACCGAAGAGGAGAUUUUGAGGAGUUAUUCC